AUGUUCCCCGGCGUCGUGCCCGAACCACAUUCAAUGGUCAAACUCGGACCGGACGUCGAGGACGGCACAACGGACGCCUACAGCGGCUACCUACCUUCUGGCCAAAUCUGGGGCUUCUCAAUGAUGCACGAGUCUGGCACCGGAGGAGCUCCCAAGUAUGGCGUCGUCAAUCAGAUGCCCCUGUCCGGAAAUUUCAAGAACCCCCUCUUGGACCUAGGUCAGAACCGCACUAUCAACGACACAGCUGAAGUCGGAUACUACAAGUCAUCUUUGGCGAACGGGAUCGAUGUCGAACUUGCGGCUACCGCUCAUGCGGGGAUGUACAAAUACAGCUUCCCUGCUGGGGAGAACUCGAUUGUAGUCGACGUCUCGCAUGUUCUGCCAUCCUUUCGGGGCUUGGGCUGGGGUCAAGGCUACGCCGGCGGCAGUUUUGAGCUUACCAAGGACGGGUAUACUGGAAGCGGCAUAUAUAACAACGGGUGGAACAUUGCGCCAGACUGGACAAUCUACUUUUGCGGCCACUUCAAUCAGAGACCAAAACGAAUGCGGACUUUUACCGGCCAUAACGAGAGCUUGACCACGUAUGACCAAACCUCUUUAACAAACGGAACGUACAGACAAGGCGGCGUCUUCACUUUCGAUGCCAAGAAUGUGACAUCUCGAGUGGGCAUAUCCUUCAUCUCAACGGAGAAAGCCUGCAACAACGUAGCAGCCGAGAUACCCAAAGGCACCAAGAUUCAAGCUCUUGUCAAGAAGGCACAAGCCAAAUGGAAUCAACAGCUGUUCCAAAAAGUCACCACAACCGAAACCAACACGACGGUCCUUUCCCAGCUAUACUCGUACCUUUACGGCAUGAACUUGCUGCCAUCCAACCGCACCGGAGAGAACCCACUUUGGGAUUCAACAGAGCCGUAUUACGAUGACUUUUUCACAUUCUGGGACCUGUUCCGCUGCUCCACAUCGCUGUGGCAAGUUCUCCAACCAACAGCGUACGAAGAGAUCAUUCGCUCGCUGAUCGACACCUGGCGACACGAAGGCUGGCUACCAGAUGCGCGGUCCUCAAACUUCAACGGCAAGACGCAGGGCGGUAGCAACGCUGAUAACGUGCUUGCUGACGCCUACGUCAAGGGUGUCCGAGGGCAGGUCAACUGGGAUGAUGGAUAUGCUGCCGUGAAGAGGGAUGCCGAAGUCACACCGCCGAACAACCAUGAUCCAGUCGCUCCCGAUGCAAGCACAAAAGAGGGCAGAGGAGCGCUGCCGGAUUGGAAAGAGUUCGGUUAUAUUGCUCCCAACUUCACCAGAGCGGUUUCGAGAGCUGUCGAGUACGCUGUCAACGACUUCAGCGUCUCGCAGGUCGCUCAAGGGCUGGGGUUGAAGAAGGACCAUAAGAAGUACAUCGAGCGUUCGCGAAAUUGGAGAAAUCAUUGGAACCCGAAGCAGAAGAGUUUGGGCUUUUCUGGCUUCAUGGUUCCGAGAUACGCAAAGGAAGCAGGAUUCAAGAACAACAGCUUCGAGUACCCAUACGAUCCACUGCAAUGUGGGGACUGCUACUGGGACUCUCCGUAUUAUGAAGAUGUACCAUGGUCGUACUCGUUCAACGCCCACCACGACAUCUACCAUCUCAUCUCUCUUUCUGGGGGGCCUGAGACGUUCGUAGAGCGCCUGGAGACCUUCUUCAAGCCCGACAUUCGAGAGGAAAACGAGGCAUACGGCAGCACAAUCUUUAAUCCAGGCAAUGAGCCAGCAUUCACCACACCGUACCUGUUCAAUUUCGCUGGCAGACAGGAUCUUUCAGUCAAAUACUCCAGACAUGCAGCGUUGUCGUACUACAACGCCGGUAAGAGUGGUCUGCCAGGAAAUAGCGACGCGGGAGCCAUGCAGACAUGGCUCUUGUGGAAUAUGAUCGGGUUGUAUCCUAUUACUGGCCAGACGACGUUUCUCAUCGGCUCGCCGUGGUUCGAGCAUCUAGUGGUUGAUCUCGAAGGCGGAAAGACGUUGACUAUCACAUCGAAGGGAGGAAACAGGGAGACAGCGUACUACGUGCAAAAUUUGAAGGUCAACGAAAAAGCCUGGGACCAGAGCUGGGUCACUUGGGAGGAUGUCUUCGCCAACGGUGGCAGGCUGGAUUUUGUCCUUGGUGAGGAGCCUGUCAGGUGGGCGAAUGAGUCGUUGCCACCUAGUCCAGCGUCGGAUUGA